AUGGAACAUCUGUUAAAGACAAAAUCUUUGUCUUCUUGCUUCUUGUUAGCCCUCUUGGUCUUGAUUCCUUUCGCCAUUGCAGAAACUCACUACCAUGAAUUCAUCGUUCAACGCAAACCAGUGAAGAGGCUGUGCAAAGUUCAUAACAUUAUAACAGUGAACAGGCAGUUCCCUGGGCCAACUUUAGAAGUAAGAAACGGCGAUUCUCUGGUCAUCAAAGUGGUCAACGCUGUCCGCUACAAUGUCUCUCUCCAUUGGCAUGGGAUCAAGCAGCUGAGGAACCCAUGGGCGGAUGGGCCGGAAUUUAUAACGCAAUGCUCUAUAAAGCCAGGGGGUAGCUAUACUUACAGGUUCACUAUUGAAGAUCAAGAGGGUACUCUGUGGUGGCAUGCGCAUAGCCGAUGGCUUCGAGCUACUGUUUAUGGCGCGCUCAUAAUUUAUCCCAAGAUGGGUUCUUAUUAUCCGUUCUUAAUGCCUAAAAGAGAGGCUUCUGUUCUUCUUGGGGAGUGGUUUGAUAGAGAUCCGAUGAGUGUACUGCGGCAAGCGCUGUUGAGUGGAGCGGCUCCUAAUGUGUCUGAUGCUUACACCAUCAAUGGGCAGCCUGGUGAUUUCUAUAGCUGCUCGAAGAAAGAGACGGUGAGAAUCCGAGUGAAUUCCGGCGAGACAAUCCUUCUCAGAAUCGUAAACUCCGGACUGAAUCAAGAACUCUUCUUCUCCGUCGCCAACCACCCAUUGACAGUGGUCGCCGUCGACGCAUCUUACACCAAACCAUUCAAAACAAAUGUCAUCAUGAUCGGACCCGGCCAAACCACCGACGUCCUCCUCACAGCCAACCAACCUCCAGCCCAUUACUACAUGGCCGCCACCGCUUACAACACCGCCAUGAACGCCGCCUUCGACAACACCACCACCACUGCCAUUCUCCAAUACAACAAGAAUUACCAACAACAACCAAAGCCCAUCCUCGCCCAGCUCCCCUUUUUCAACGACACACCCACCUCCACCCGCUUCACCGCCCAACUCCGCAGCUUAAACAGAGCAAACGUCCCAACCCAAAUCGACGAAUCCUUACUCUUCACCGUCGGAUUAGGCCUCAUCAAUUGCACCAACCCCAACAGCCCCCGCUGCCAAGGCCCCAACGGCACACGCUUCGCCGCCAGCAUCAACAACAACUCCUUCGUUUUCCCCAAAUCCAAUUCCAUUAUGCAGGCCUUUUACCAAGGAAUUCCCGGCGUUUUCACCACCGAUUUCCCCCCUGUUCCGCCCCUGCAAUUCGAUUACACCGGAAAUGUCAGCAGAGGACUAUGGCAGCCCGGUCGAGGGACCAAAACUUUCCGGCUAAGAUAUGGAUCGAGUGUGCAGAUCGUGCUGCAGGACACCAGCAUUGUCACAACGGAAGAUCACCCAAUGCAUCUCCAUGGCUACCAUUUCUAUGUCGUGGGUUCGGGUUUUGGUAAUUUCAAUAGCGCGACGGAUCCGGCGAGGUUUAAUCUUGUUGACCCACCGCUGAGGAACACCAUUGGAACGCCGCCCGGUGGUUGGGUUGCGAUUCGGUUCGUCGCUGAUAAUCCAGGAGCUUGGUUGAUGCAUUGCCAUAUAGACUCGCACCUUGCUUGGGGAUUAGCGAUGGUUUUUCUUGUUGAAAAUGGCGAAGGGGAGAUGCAAUCUGUUCUUCCUCCUCCACCCGAUCUCCCACCUUGUUAA